UCUUUCCGUCCUUCAUUUCCGCCAGCGCAGAGCUAGCCGAAGCCAACGAAAGUACACUUUGAUGUGCCCAUAGCGGACAGUUGCGUUGGCCCACGGCCACCUUGGGCUCGAGCUGUUUUCCAUCAGGGGAAGCAGUACAGGACACACAUCCUUUGGUCAUCGCAGCGCCUAUUUCCAUGCAAGUUCGGAUCGGACUGAUGAUCGCGCCAGUGAAGCUCGUCUUCGCGCUCCUCGUAGCCGCCAUGGCACAUGAGGACGACGUCGAUUCCAACCUUAUGCAGUUGGCCGCGGUGGGCCAGACGCAGCUUGUGACGAACAAGAGUUCCGUCACGUGCUACUUUACAAUCGACAACUAUGUAUACGGUGUAUAUUUGGGCAGCAUUGCCCUCAGCACCAGCGGAAAUUGGGCCGUCUGGGAGGCAACCAAGACUGUCACGUUCACCCCUGAUGGGAAUUAUUUGACAAUCUCUGGUAACGACCAGGAGGGAACUAUGUGCACGACUGGUGGUUUCGCUAUCGAGUGCACCAAUGGUGUGAAUGGGAAUUCAGGCUGGCAGGUUUACAGCAGCGGCAGCACCAUUGAUUACAGUCACCAAACGGGUGGUGGGAGUUCGUGGGGCUCUCCUUCCCGUUCGGCAAGCGGAUUUUAUUUGCCCUACAAGUCAGGGUCGCCCAAAAUCGGAGGUUGCUCGCAGCACGGAGCUUAUCGAUACAACUUCGGGGGGGCGACACCCAACCCGACGCCCUACCCAACACCUUUCCCGACACCCUACCCGACGCCGUUCCCGACGCCUUUCCCGACGGCCUACCCGACGCUAUUCCCGACGGCCUACCCGUCGCCGUUCCCGAC